AUGGGCGGUACAUUUAAUCAAACAAAGCCUCUCGACUUGCUUGUUGGUUCGCGGGUCUGCUUCUCUUUUGAUCCGCGGUCUGCCACCGAUAGGUGGCCGAUCGUGUUUCUUGAGAGGGUUGUAUCCAAGUUAUUCGACCAGGAUUUAUCCGAAGCGGUUAGUUUCCUGUUAUCUUAUCUGGUGGUGAAUUUGAUGCCCCAACUUGUGUACCCGGGAAGGGUGUUUACCAACUACGCCGUCCCCGGGGAUGACGUAGUAAUCGCGGAUGAGAAUGUCGCGACCCGUUACAAGGAGUCCCUUGACCUCCUGCAGGUGGUUAUUUCGAAAGAGAAAUCACUAAUAUCAAGGAGUGGGUCCGCGGAAUUCGCGAAUAACUUUAGGGUUCGAGAUUUGACAGUCGAUCUCCCCCCGGUAUCCAUUAAAAAGCGUUAUUAA